CUUAAAAAACCCUAAAUUUGUUUUCGUUUCCUGAACCUUCCGCAAUUGAGCAGCCGCGAAGAAUUUCCGGAGUGGGUUUUCUCAUUCUCACUCUCUUCAGGUUUCUUCCGCGCAUCCUUGCACAAUUGGCAUCUAUCUAUUUUUCGAUGCAGACCCGUGUCUUUGAAACCGUGGGAGUGGGUUCUUCGUGCUCCGACUCCGUUAUUUCUCGGGAGAACAGUGAUGGGUCCUUCCAGGUUUUGCCUCUGAAGGUUGAAUCAGUUGAUGGGUCUUCGGGAACUCCAUUGAAGAUGGAUGCUUUUGUUGAUGCGGAGGCCUUGAAUGAAGCCUCCAUCGUUGUUUCACCGUCGAAUUUUAAUGGGCAUUCGCUGAAUUCAGCUUUCACGGCUUGUUCUGUGAAAUCUGUUUGUGGGUCUUCAAUGUCUUCGGGUGGGGAAUCUGUAGCUGAUCGAUCUUUGCCUCUUCCGUCUCAGAAUCAAGCUCUGGAACACCAGUCUUUGGAUUCUCUGUUAUCAGACAUCCCUAGUGACUCCUCAGCUAUGGACAUUGAUCCUGUUAAAAACCUAACUCAUCAAAACUGGGAUGGAUCUUCAGAAUCCUCACCGCCUUCUAAGCAGACACCGCUUUGCCUUGCUCUGGUGCCCUACGAUUCGUGUUCGGCUAUGCAAACGGAAAUCCAAGAAAAUCCUCCUUCUGAGUUAUCUCUACAUGGCCCUGCCUCUGAAGAAGAUGGCUCUUCCCCAAAAUCGGACGAAAAAUCGCAGUGGCGACCGUGGACUCCUUGGAGUGAAGCCAGAGGAGAUAGGCUCACAAACCCUAGCUCUGAAAAUUAUCCACGUAGGUGGUCUCCCCACAGAGAAGAAAGAACUUUAAUCGAACCCACUGGGGUGGGGGCAGGACUUGCGAAUUUGGGCAAUACUUGCUUUAUCAAUGCAAUAUUGCAAUGUUUUACACAUACUGUUCCACUCGUCCAGGGCCUUCGAUCUUAUGAUCAUGAGAAGCCAUGUGAUCGUCAUAGGGAAGGAUUCUGCAUGCUUUGUGCUCUUUGUGAUCACAUUGACGUAUCAUUAAAUUCUUCAGGAUGGGUUGUCUCACCUUCAAACAUUUUUGAUAAUUUGAAUCAUAUUUCUUCAUGUUUCCAGAAAUACAAUCAGGAAGAUGCUCAUGAAUUUUUGCAGUGCUUGUUAGAUAGGCUUGAGAGCUGUUGCCUGGAUUUGAGGUCAAAGAGUGAGGAUGGUUUGUCUUCUCGAGAUGAUAACCUUGUUAAGCGAAUUUUUGGUGGUCGUCUUGUUAGCCAACUACGUUGUUGCAAUUGUGGUCAUUGUUCGGACACUUAUGAGCCUAUGGUUGAUUUGAGUUUGGAAAUUGAAGAUGUGGACUCCCUUCCAAGUGCUAUUGAAUCCUUCACUAAGGUGGAGAAACUUGAAGAUCCAGAGGCAAAGCUUAGGUGCAGUAAUUGUAAUGAAAAAGUGGCAAUGGAAAAGCAACUUUUGUUGGAGCAGGCCCCUCUAGUUGCAUCAUUCCAUUUGAAGAGAUUCAAGAUUGAUGGAUAUUCUGUCAAGAAGAUCGACAACCAUGUGGAAUUUCCACUGGAAUUGGAUUUGCAGCCUUACACCAUUAUCAAUCAAGAUAACAAUGUGGAAUUGAAGUAUCAACUCUAUGCAGUUGUGAAGCAUUAUGGGGCUCCUACUGCUGGACAUUAUGUCUGUUAUGUUCGAAGCUCUCCAAAUAUGUGGCAUAGGUUGAAUGACUCAAAGGUUCACAUGGUUGAAGGGGAAUCUGUCCUGUCUGAACAGGCGUACAUCCUCUUCUAUGCAAGGCAAGAUAUACCCUGGUUCUCCAGUGUAAUAGAAGUGCAGGCCCCAUGCUUGGACCCCAAUGUUUCAAAUUUAUCUCCAAAGUCAGUUCUAGAUAAUAUUGAAAGUGCAAUUCCCUCUGAUUCUGGGGCAGGAAACAACAACGAAUGCAGCUCCAAUGAAUCCAAAGAUGCUGCUGAUAGGAUGUCAAUGCAGUUCAGUUAUGAAACAAAGACUGAUUCUGCGGUCAAUGAAUCUAGUAUUGCAGCUGAGGCUUAUGGAUCAGAGCAAAACGUGACAGAGUUAAAUGAAUCUGGAGCUGAGACUCCCACGAUUGAUGCUAAUAUGCCACCAAGGUCAAGUGAUUGCUUUGAGGGAUUGUCUGACGAGAAUAUCUGUACUGUGUCUCCACUUGGUGAAAAUAUGUGCAAUCAGGAUGUUGACAAGGCCUGUAAGAGUAGUGGUUCCCCCCAAACGUCAACCAGAUCUAAAAGUCCAGAAGCAUCUUACCGAAUUCCAACCAAUCAUUUGAAAGAAGUAAAGCGGAGUGUCCGUAAAAAAUCACAGAAUAAGCCUGCCAUGGAUUCAAAGAGAACUGAAGCUGUUAGAUUUGCUAAAAAAAUGCCUUCUGGUCGAGGUGAGAGAUUCAUUGCUGCUAUCAUGGGACCAAAAAGUGAUAGUGGUGUAAAUAAGAGAAGACUGAGAUCAUCUCCAUGUAAAAAGACCAGCCCUCGCCAUAGACGAAACCAUGGAUCUAAUGCAAUAUAAAUGCAAAAUUCUGUCUUUUAUGUACAUUGGAUUACCCUCUUCAAAGAGGCAUACUGGAUAUUCCAGUGCACAAUUCUAGUUGAUAUCAAGAUUUUGUUUCCAGUUUUGGACUAACUAAGCAAUAUAGCACCUUGUCCCUACUAGCUCUUGAUUCCAUCGACUGUGAAAUGUGAAUAGAGUGAGUAUAUUUUC